AACUGCCAUGCCACCACUUUCAGAAGACCAUAUGAGUUUGGUUUGUGUCUCUACCAACCAACGCCAUGGACGCCCAACCCUUCGAGUCCGACCUCGAUUUCGCCUUACGUCUCCAAUUUCAGGAAGCCAUAGACGCCUCCAUGGCCCCUCAACCCUCCUCUGCACCCGCCGCAGCCCCCAAGCGCAGCCGUACUCACGAUCAGAUGGUUGCCGGAACGAUUACAAGGUUUCCCGAUGACAAUCGGCGCUAUAAAUUUGCCAAAACUGUCAAAUCUUUCGGCGAAGAAUCUUCAACGAGUAGGAUUAGGUUUGCGAGUUAUAAUGAUGAGACGAGUGAGAACGAAGAUGGUGAUGGUGUUGGUGAUGGUGUUGGUGUUGGUGUUGGUGUUGGUGUUGGUGUUGGUGUUGGUGUUGGUGUUGGUGUUGGUGUUGGUGUUGGUGAUGAUGAUGGUGAUGGUGGGUAUAGAGUGUAUUUUAAGGGUUUGGUUAGUAAAGAAAAAUGUGAGAUUCGGAAUAUGAUUAUGGCUGGAAUUGGAGUUGCUUUGUGUGAUCCCAAAGGUAAUUUGAUUUUCGAGAUGAGGAAACCUUUGUUAGGGAAUGGUUUUAGUAAGCUUGGGGCGGAAGCUAAGGCUUUGAUUGAAGCUCUCAAUGCUGCUAUUAGUAUGAACUUGGAAAGGAUCACUCUUUACUGCGACAACUUUACUUUUUAUCGAUUCGUUUCUGGUAGAUGGCCUGUAAGGCAGCGCAAGAUGAAAGACCUAAUGAAUCAGGUGAAAACCCUUCAAGGAAAGUUUGCCUAUUGCAAUUCGAAGUAUGUCCUGCGUAGUGACAUUAAGCAUGCUUUUAAACUUGCAAAGGAUGCCAUUGAAUCUAACUGUCGGUUAACUUUGUACGAGACUUGUGUUAUUUGUAUGGAGGAUACAGAUGUAAAUCAGAUGUUUUCAGUUAAGAAUUGCUUACACAGAUACUGCUUUUCAUGUAUGAAACAACAUGUUGAAGUGAAGUUGCGCGAAGCCCAAAUGCCUAAAUGUCCUCAUCUGGGCUGCAAAACUGAAAUCGAUAGUGAAAGCUGCGAAGAUUUCUUGACACCUGAACUUUUUGAGCUUUUGCGUCAGCACAUAAAAGAAGCAGCAACUCCUGUUACAGAGAGAGUAUAUUGUCCUAAUAAAUGGUGCUCAUUUUUAAUGACGAAAAGUGAAGUUUUCGAUCUUGCAAAGAAAGAACGCAUUCAUCUAUCGGGAGCUAGGAAGUGCUUGAAAUGCAGCAGCCUCUUCUGCAUUAACUGCAGAGUUCUUUGGCAUCAUAAUUUGACUUGCUCUGAUUACAAAAGUAAGAAAUAUAAUUCAAGCAAUGAGGAUGCAAAGCUUAAGGACCUCGCAUCAAAGAAUCUUUGGCGCCAGUGUAGCAAGUGUAACCACAUGGUUGAACUUUUUCAUGGAUGCCAUCACAUCACUUGCAGAUGUGGCUAUGAGUUUUGUUACAAGUGUGGAGCCGAGUGGAAGAACAGGAGAGCAACUUGUUCAUGCCCACUUUUUGAAGAGAAUCAUCUUUUGUAUCGGGGUUAUAUACACGAAGAUGAAUUUGAGGAAGAUGAUUUUGAGGAAGGUGAUUUUGAGGAAGAUGAUAUUGAUUUUGAGGAUGAAGAGGAUGAAGGCUUCUAUGGCUUUGAUCUUAAUUUUAACUAAUUAAAAUCAUUGACUUGGGUUCUUGAUGAAAUAGUUAUUGCCUUGUAAAUAACCAUCCACUACAACAAGUAAACUUCAUCUUUUUUUACCUUGUUUUCUUGACAAUAGUAAACUAUAUCUCUCAAGCAAUGAGAUGAAACUAGGGAUGAGCUUACCCAAAGAAAUUACUAUCUAGGGCCAUUUUGGUAGGGAAUGGGAAUGUGGAGAAGCUAAAAUGGCUUUUUUGAGAUUUAAUUUAUUUUUACUGUUUUAAAUAGGCUUUUCUUCAUCAUUCAAAAGAAAAAAAAAAGUAGAUUGUGAAUGAGAACAAAUCACACUACAUUAUUGGUGUCAUUUAGUAUUUCUCGUUUUCAAAUAGAAGUCAUUUCACAAAACUAGUGAAAAAGUCAUUCUAAUAUUUUAAAAUGCAACUAAAAAAAAAUUGAAUGAAAAUUAAUUUCUUUCCAUCA